AUGCCGCCCACAAUUCUCUUCGUUCCCGGCAUUUGGGAAGGCCCCUCCGUCUUCAACCAUGUCUCCUCCCUUUUAUCUUCUGCCGGCUUCAAAACCUCAACCGCAGUCCUCCCCAGCACCGGAACCACAUCCCCAGGUAACCCGAGCAUGAAAGACGACAUCGCCGCAAUCCGUCGACAUCUCCAAGACCUCCUCCAACCAGCCCCGGAAACCGGCACUGCGGAGGACGUCCUCCUAGUCCUGCAUUCUGCAGGCGGCUUUUUAGGCUCCGAGGCAAUGCAAGGACUACAUAAAACCGGCUCAUCUAGCGCGCCCGGCGUCAUUGGGAUUGUGUUCUUAGCAGGCGCGAUUUUCCCUCUGGGCCAUGAGCAUCAGCCGCUUCCUUUCGCGGUUGUUGAUGGGGGCGCAUCGCACUGCGCCCAACCCGAGAAACUGCUCUUCGGCGACCUCCCAGCAGCCGAAAAGUCCGCGUGGUUGGCGAAACUCCAACCGCAGCCGGCGCAGGGUUGGGAUGGGAGGGUUGAGUAUACGGGGUGGAAGGAUGUGCCGAGUGUGUACCUUGUCUGUGAAGGCGAUGAGUUACUGCCGAUGCCUCUGCAGGAGCAAUUGGCUGGUUUGGCAGGCAGUAAGGUUGAGAGAUGUUCUGCUGGGCAUGUACCACAGGUGAGCCAGCCAGAGAGGGUGGUGGAGGUUGUUAAGGGGGCUGUUGAGGAGUUUGUGCGAGGGGUAGAUAGACUUAAGUCGUGA